AAAAGCCGGCGCGCCGCGGCCCGCGCGAUUUCCCGCCGCGCCCGCGUCCCCGGCGGCUGGCGGGCUCCGGGGGCGCCCGGGCCGCGGCGGCGGCGGCGGCGGCGCGAGCGGCGCCUCAGGGCCGGUGAAUCAUCCCGGCAGACACCGAGAGCCGCGGCAGCAGAGAGCAGCGCUGAAAAAUGGCUGAAGCGGCCACGGGCUUUCUGGAGCAGCUCAAGUCCUGUAUAGUUUGGUCUUGGACGUAUCUCUGGACCGUGUGGUUCUUCAUCGUGCUCUUCCUGGUCUACAUCCUGCGGGUGCCCUUGAAAAUCAACGACAACUUGAGCACAGUGAGCAUGUUUUUGAACACAUUAACACCGAAGUUCUAUGUGGCCCUGACAGGCACUUCCUCACUGAUAUCAGGGCUUAUUUUGAUAUUUGAAUGGUGGUAUUUUCGCAAGUAUGGAACUUCAUUCAUUGAACAAGUCUCAGUAAGCCACUUGCGCCCCCUUCUGGGAGGGGUUGACAACAACUCCUCCAACAAUUCUAACUCCAGUAAUGGGGACUCAGAUUCCAACAGGCAAAGUGUCUCAGAAUGCAAAGUAUGGCGAAAUCCACUAAAUUUAUUUAGGGGUGCCGAGUAUAAUCGGUAUACUUGGGUGACAGGACGAGAGCCUCUUACUUACUAUGACAUGAAUCUCUCUGCCCAGGACCACCAGACAUUCUUUACUUGUGACUCGGACCAUCUUCGUCCCGCAGAUGCAAUAAUGCAGAAAGCCUGGAGAGAGAGGAACCCCCAAGCUAGGAUUUCUGCAGCUCAUGAAGCCUUGGAGAUAAAUGAGUGUGCAACUGCUUAUAUUCUCUUGGCUGAAGAGGAAGCAACAACCAUUGCUGAAGCAGAAAAACUGUUUAAGCAGGCCCUGAAGGCUGGAGACGGCUGUUACCGGCGUUCUCAGCAGCUACAGCACCAUGGAUCCCAGUAUGAAGCCCAACAUAGACGAGACACCAAUGUUUUGGUCUACAUCAAAAGAAGGCUAGCAAUGUGUGCCAGAAGACUCGGGAGGACCAGGGAAGCAGUGAAAAUGAUGAGAGAUAUUUGGAAUGGAAUCCGUAAGGCUGAUGACGGUGGUCUGGCGCCUCAGCCAUACCCCAUCAGCAGUGGUAUGGAUAAACUGGUGUAUAUCGGACAGUCUGCCCUUAUGAAAGAACCCAAAAGCUCCUGCUGCCCAGAUAUAAGCUUACCAAAGUCUGCAACAAUAUGCUACACAGCUGCCUUGCUCAAAGCAAGAGCUGUCUCUGACAAAUUCUCUCCCGAGGCUGCAUCUCGGCGGGGGCUGAGCACAGCAGAGAUGAAUGCGGUAGAGGCCAUUCAUAGAGCUGUGGAAUUCAAUCCUCACGUACCAAAAUACCUACUAGAAAUGAAAAGCUUAAUCCUACCCCCAGAACACAUCCUGAAGAGAGGAGACAGUGAAGCAAUAGCAUAUGCCUUCUUUCAUCUCGCACACUGGAAGAGGGUGGAAGGGGCUUUGAAUCUUUUGCAUUGUACAUGGGAAGGCACUUUUCGGAUGAUCCCUUAUCCCUUGGAAAAGGGGCACCUAUUUUAUCCUUACCCAAUCUGUACAGAAACAGCAGACCGAGAGCUGCUUCCAUCUUUCCAUGAAGUCUCAGUUUACCCAAAGAAGGAGCUUCCCUUCUUUAUUCUCUUCACUGCUGGACUGUGCUCCUUCACAGCCAUGCUGGCCCUUCUCACACACCAGUUCCCAGAGCUCAUGGGCGUCUUCGCAAAAGCUUUCCUCAGCACGUUGUUUGCCCCCUUAAACUUUGUCAUGGAGAAAGUGGAGAGCGUCCUCCCAUCCAGUCUGUGGCACCAGCUGACACGGAUCUGAGGGAAGCCCCAUCCCCCACUCACCUCACCCAACCGGCUGCCACCGUCUCCUCUGUGCCAACUCCUCGUGGACCGCAAGAAAGCAUGACUUUGAAAAAGGGAAGCCAUUCCGAGAUUUUAAAAUGUUCAUGGACUGUCCGUUCCAUAUUAAAAGCUGUUUUUGUUGUACAAAAUUCAUUGAUGUUCAGUUCUAUUUUAUUUUGCAUUCAAAAAAGAAGAAAAAAAUCAAAAAUAAACUUUUGUGUAUUGCAGCAA